AUGUCAAACUCCACCCAAAAGUCCGAGCUUUCAGAGCAGCCCCAGCAGCAGAAGCCCCAAGUGCUGGAGGAAGACGACGAGUUCGAAGACUUCCCCGUUGAAGACUGGCCCCAGGAAGAAGCCGAGCCAACCUCUGGCUCGACAGCAAAUGGAGGUAGCGAGCACCUCUGGGAGGAGAGCUGGGAUGACGACGAUGCCGCGGAGGAUUUCUCCAAGCAGCUCCAGUGCGUAUUCCCGCGAUGGUCACCUACUACCCUAGACAGCGAUGUCCUUUGCUGUCUCUUCUUGCCCUUUGUCUUUGCCCCGCCGCGCCUCUAUGUCCGCUCCAACUACACCCAAUGUCCCAUCGAUCCCCCUCAAUCCCACCCCCAACCAUGA